AUGAUCAAACAAUCAAAGCUCGUAACACCUCUGCCUCAACCCCUUACCCCCGUGAUCCGUCUCGUGCAGGCCAGGAGCCUAUCAGAGCAUCACACGUGGCUGCUGCACGGCUUGGCGUGCUUCAAGCCUCCCAGCAGCCGAUCCCGCGACGCCAUUGGCGCAGCUCGUCUGGAAGUGGGCGUGGGGGCAGCAGGAGCAUCGCAAGUGAUCAUCCCCGUGGUGGGCAGGCUAAGAGAAGCUGCUGUGACUGCAAGCGCUGUGAUUAGAUUGGAUGAGACGCAAGCAUAUCUGUUGGCGGAUAGGGUGGGCGGAGGGGAGAGGGCGCAGGUGGGGGAGGCGGAGGGGGAGGGCGCAGGGAAGGGCGGGUUGGAGGAGAAGGAAGAGCAGCGGAGAUUGGUGCAGGAGAUGCUGGCGCUGUAUCAGGAGGAACGGCAGAGUCUGCUCAGAUGUUUUGAGACGUCUCUACACAGUUUCUCCUUCCCUCCGUUCACAUGCAUGCUCUGUGUGCUUGCAGAUGCUGGCGCUAUUGUGGUGCUGUAUCAGGAGGAACGGCAGAGUCUGCUCAGGUGCCUGCGGCUUCUGCUCGCCAUGCAAGCUGACGCCUCCUCCCGGUAUGCAUAUGCCAUGGAGGGGGAGAUGCAAUCCCUGCUGAAGGAGGGGCUGCUGUCAAACGUCAUGGCUCAGCUCAGGUCGCUCCCGCGAUCCCAACCCCCCAAGGCUCUGGUACGUGCUGCUGGUGUGCUGCCAUGCUGCCAUGCUGCUGUGGACGUGGAAGGGGUCGUUGUGGCCCUGGCGCGAGGGAUGCAGUUCAGCGUCUCGCUGCGUGGCUCUCCUGCCUGCUCUCUGCCGCUGCUGCUGCUGCCAAAGGAGAGGAGGCUUGCUCAUAUGUGUUUCCUCUCGUGUCCCCUUCCUCCCUGCUCCCGCACACAUGUUCUCUUCCUCCCUGCUUCCUCCUUCGCCAACAGCACCUCACAACACCCCCUCUCAUCCCCCUCUGACCUCUCGCAAGUGGAUCAGCGUCUCUCUGCCUGGCUCUCCUGCCUGCUCUCUGCCGCUUCUGCCAAGGGAGGGGCCAGUGGUAGAGGUGAAAGGGAGGAGUUUGGUAGUGGAGUGGGGAUGGCAGAGGAGGGGAUCGAGGAGGGGUUUGGAGGAGGGGCAGGAGGGGAGCGGGGACUCACUGGUUUGAAUGCAGUGCUGCCACUAGUGGGGGCGACUGGUAGUGCUGGUGCACGUUCAGAUGUGUCUCCUGUGCUGCUCGCAUGGGGUCUCUUGCGCAUGCUGCUGCAGUGGCUGCCGGAUUCCUCUCACCUGCCGGCACCCGCGUUGAACCCGGGGUUGUGUGUGCAAGGAGCCUAUGCAGCAGACGCGCUCGACUGGGUUCUCUUCUCGCUGCUCUCCUCCCCCCUCCCCGCCCACCCCUCCAGCGACCCUGUGAUGCAGAGAGUGUUGAGGAGAUGCGUCAAGGGGCUUUGCACAGCCUACCUCACUGCAUUUGACAUUUCCAACCAGAAGGGCACUCGGCUGUAUGCCCUUCUUCUGGAGAUCAUCUGCCGCACCUUUUCAGAGCAGGAGUCGCUAUGCACUGAAUUUUGGGAUGCCUCUGCCUCUCCCUCUGAUGCCCCCCUGCGCUCGCUCCUAGCCGCCACCAGACGAGACUUCCCCGCACGCCCCCUCCCCUUCCUGCGCCUCCUCUCCGCCCUCUCCCAUGGCUCAUGGCCUGCUCGCUGCACAUUUGAAUUUCUCGAGAGCACCAUGGGUGCAGCUCUCCUCCUCCCCCUGCCGCCCGCCUGUGCCUCCCUCUCCGCCCUCUCCGCUCCCCAGCCCCUGCUGCUGCCUGGCUGUGGGGGGUUGCUGUUGCCAACUGGGGCGCGGGGGGAGGUGGUCGAACGGGAGAACGGACUUUCACUGGUGCAUUUUGAGGUCCCGCUCAGCGCGCUCCUCAUCCUGCUCUUCCGCCUCGUGCACCGCGCACAGCAGGAACAGGACGCGUCCCCUGCUGACAUCAGCGCCAGCGUUGCAGGGGUGGGGGAAGGGGAGGAAGCAGCGGAGGAGCUCUCAGUGGGGCUGUCGCUCCUUUCUCACCUGCUAUCAGCUAAUCAGGCGUGUGUGGGGGCACUCCUGCAUCUCCAAUCCUCUCCCCUCAUUACAUCUGCGUCGGCCAAUGGGCUGCUGCCACGUGGCAUGACAUUGGACCCCACUGCGCUCAUCACAGCCAUACUGGAUGGCCUCCUCUCCUCCCCUGCUCUCUCUGCCCCCUCCUCCUCUUUUUCCUCCUCCUCGUCCUCCCCUUCUUCCUCCUCCUCCACCUCCCACUCACCAUCUGCUGCAGUGUCACUGACCUCUGCUGCCUGCUGCCUGCGAAUACUCGCUGCCUUUGCUCUCCUCCAUCCUGAGCGGGUUGCUGCUGCGCUCUCCUCCUCCAUCUUCUCCCCAUCAGCCCUAUCCUCCGACCUCCAACUCCAAUCAGGGCCUGCCACGAGUCCUCUGCACCUGCUGUGCUUCCAGAUCGAGCAACCACUGGGAAGCUUCCCAUUCACUCUUGCAGCUCUAGACCUGGCGGCUGCACUGGUGAAGCAGGGAGUGACAGGAGGGCCCGUGCCGGACCUGCUGGGGUUCGCAGUGAUGGAAGUGACGCCCAACUAUGGGGCGUGGCGCAUGGAGGAGGGCAGGGAGCGUUGGCACAUGGCAGGGAAGCUUUCUCGCCUCCUCUCCCUCACUCUCUCUCUCGCCCCCUGGGCCGCCUCCUCUCUCCUCCGCUCCACACACUCGCUCCUGGAGGGGGGAAGUGGCCAAGGAGGGGGAGACAACUGGGAGGAGGAGGAGGAAGAGCAGGAGGAGAAAGAAGUUACAGAGGAGAGAGGGGAGUACAUGCGGAGGGAGGGGUGGCAGGAGGAGGCAGGAGCGUAUAAGAGAAGCAGAGUCGGGGUCGGAAUGUGGAGCAGUAGCAGCAGCAGCAGUGCUGGUGGCAGCAGCAGCAGCAGCUUCAGUGGUGGUGGGAGCGGCAGCAGUGAGACAUUCAACCCCUACUCCUCCUCCGCACCAUCCGCACCACCAGCCCCACCCUCGUCCCCCUCCACAGCCUCGGCUCUCGCUUCCAAGCUGCUCCACCUGUUGCUCACCGAUGCACGCAUCUCCGCGGCCCUGCUGGCGCCACUGCAGUCGGCGCUGCUUGUGCUGCAAUGCAGGGCUUCUCAGGAGGGCUCUGAGGAGAGCCACACCUGUGCUGAAGAAUCGGUGUUGGGUUCUGAAUCGUCAGAGCAGUCGGCGGCGCUGCAUCAUGGUCUAGAGCUGCUCACCGUGUGCAUUCGCCUCAAGCCCUUCUGCCAUGCUGCUGCUGAUGCGGCUCUACGCCGUGCCUCGCUCACCUUCCUACACACGCUCUGCACCAUCACAGCUCGCAUCAGACCACACCUCCUCGUCCUCUCUUCCUUCUUCUCCCAACCCGCUGCCAAACCCAUUCUCCACAGCCUUCAGAUCGCUGUGGAUCGCAUCCUGGCCCUGGCACGAGCUGGCUGGCGCUGGCGCUGCCACGCUGUCGUGCUGCGCCUCGUCUCCCUCGACCUGUUCCUGGAAAAGAAGCUUCCUGGAAAAUACUCAGCUGUAAAAGGGACAGCAUCAGCAGCAGCAACAGGGGCGCGGAUGCUGCUGUUAGAGACUUGUCCUGGGAUGAAUAUGGGGAUGCUGGGUAGUGCGAGUGGGAGAGGGGGAGGGGGAGGGAGUGUGGGAGGGCUGGGAGGAGGGUGGAAGGGAGGAGAGGGGGUGGGGUUGGUGGGGGAACUGGUGGGGGUGGUGGAGGGAGGGGGGCGGCUGUGGGGCGACAUGUGGCAAGCUUGGAGCAGCGGCCAGAACUCUCCCCAACCCCUCCCUACUCCUUCAUCCCCUGCCUCCCCUCCUUCCAUCUCGCCAGCUGGCAUGCAAGCUGCUGGCGGCUUUCUUUUCACACCCACUCUUGCAGCAGCUACACCAUCAGCUCACCUCUCACCCUUCCUUCCCUCCCCCUUUCGAUUCCCUUCCUCCCCCCUCUUCCCCCCACGUGUGCAGUUUUUCUCACACCCGCUCUUGCAGCAGCUACACCAUCAACUCACCUCCCACCCCAAUCAACUCUCCUCCAAUCAUUUCUCCCCUCACUACCACCACCCCUACCCCUCUGACUGGAAGCCCGCUCUCCUCUCUGCCCUCUGCUCCUCACUCUCCUCUCAACUACCCUCCUCCCUCUCCUCUCUCUCCUCACUCUCCUCCCUCCUCUCCUCCACUUCCCUCCUCGCCUCCUCCACCUGCUCCCUCACACCCUCCUCCUCUCUCUCCUCCUCCUCUCUUGCCAUAGCCGAACGCUGCCUGGACUCGGUGGAAGCUUCCGGGAAGCUUCUGCGGGCUCUGGCAGGGGCAGCAGGGGCAGAGGUAAGAGUGGGGGGCUUGCUGGGAGGAGGGUUGGAGUCAGGAGGAGGGACAGCAGCAGGAGGAGCAGCAACAGGAAGGGAAGCAGGAGGGGAAGCAGGGCAAGGACAGGGAGCAGCAGUAGCGAGGGUAGAGUGGUUAGAGACCAUUGCGUGCAGCAUGAGCACUGCCUUUUUCCCACGCAGCCUCACCUCCUCUGCUGGUCUUCGUUCCUGGGGAAGCAGCGACAGAAGCAGCAGCAGCAGCAGCAGCAGCAGUGGUGGUGGUGGCAGUGGUGGUGGUGGUGGUGGUGGUGGUGCGAGUGAGAAACCGUCUCUUGCCGUGGUGGCAGCAGCAGCAGAGGCGUGUUUGGUGGCAGAUGGGUUCCUGUGGCAGGCAGGGGGGCUGCUGGGAGCAGCACGGGAUGCAGGAAACGUGCUGGCAGUCAGCAGUGGGGGAGGACUGAGCGGUACAGAUGGGUUUCAUGGCGUUGCGGUGGGUUCGGAGGAUCCCUGGGCGGUGCAGCUCAUGGAAGCUUCCCGGAAGCUGAUGGAUGCUGAGCUGGCAGAGCUCGUGGGGCCGUGGCCCGCCGUGUCGACACUUGACAGCCUCCUAUCGGUCCUGCAGCUGAUCCACAUCAUGCUGACCUCAGAACAGAGGAGAAGCAAGUUACCAGGUUCCUCCGCCACACCCGCCACCGUCUCCCUGCUACAAGACAAAACAGCUGACGUCACAGUGGUACUUUCCGAGAACCUUCCUGUGCUCCUCGAAGCAGCUUCCUCGAACAUCCAAGGAGACACGCAGGGGGGAUCCAUCAGCGCGUCAGACGCUUCCAGGAACCUUCCGAUGCAAGCUCUAGCAGUGGUGGAAAUAGCCCUGAGCCUCUGUCUCACCCUCUCAUCCACGCGUGAGGGCGCAGAUCUCCUCCUGGCCGUGGGAUUCCUGCGCCACGUCAGCACCAUCACCAACGGCCUGCCACCUCACGCCCACCUCACCGUCGGCCCUUUCCAGGAAGCUUCCGCCACCUUUGGCGGGAUGUAUGCUGAUAGGGGGGGUUCGGAAUUUUCUACAGCAGCAGCGGCGGCGGCGGCGGCGGCAGCAGCAGUAGCGGGUUUAGCAGGGAGGGUAGCAGGAGGAGCAGGGGUAUGGGAGGGACGGGUGGGUGUGAACGGGUAUGCCACAGGUCAAAAUAACGAUCAGGAUGACAGAGAUUAUAUCGGAUAUGAUACUAGAUUUGAUAUGGAUCAUGAGGAGGAGAGUGCUUCAGUGCGUGAGGCGUGGGAACUUUGGUCUCUUGCUCUCACUGUCACCACUUGCAUGUUCCGUGCCCUCCUCCCUCCCCCUUGUCUCUCCGACUCCCUCGCUCUCGCCUCCUCCUCCGGUCUUCCUUUCUCACUCUCCCCCUCCUCUGCCUCCCCCUCUCUCUCUUCCACUGCUGCAAGACUCGCCCUUGACUUCCUCUCCUUCCAGCUCCCCUCCCUCUUAGCCGCCCUCUCCUCUCCUCUCCACCCCUCCCGCUCUCUCCUCUCCCUCUCAACCCCCACACCCCCCUCCUCCUAUGCCUCCUCUCUCCUCUUCCCCCACCCCUCCACACCUGGUACAAGCACAGGCAUGGCGGGAGGUUUGGGCCUCUGGGGUGCGAAGGGGCAACAGGGGCAGGCUGGGUUCGGAGCAGGUUCGGCAGGGCAAACCAAGCCUGGAGGUUCGGCAGCGGGUGGGAAGACCGGACUGGGGGUAGGAGACGGGAAGGGAGGAGGAGCGGGCGGCGUUCGUCGGCUGCAUUCGGAGUACACUGACACUGUAGCAAUCGAGGUGUACUCGCUCGCUCUGCGCUCCCUUCACUUCCUCACUUCCCUCCUCCGCAGAUAUUUUCCCUCAGCCGCUGACAUGGCAGGGGGGUGUGCUGACGUGGCAGGGAUGCAGCAGUGGGGAGGGAGGGGGGUUGGGGGAGGGGAAGUAGGAGAAGGGGUGUGGAUGGGAGGGUUUGGCGGAGGAGUGAUGGCAGGGGUAAUGGGAGGGGCGGCAUCAGCAGUGGUGGUGAUUGGGGAAGGUGCGCCGGUGCUGCCAGCACCAGAGGUGCUACAUGGUCUAGAGUGGACUCACUUGUCGCAUCUGGGGGUGCUGGUGCGAGCGCUAGCAGUGGAGGUGGCGUUGGUGCGACUAGUGGGUCCCACCAUGCUGCCCUCUGCUCUGAGGCUCGACGACUUUGAUGCUGCCGUGCAGCUCAUAGUGCAAGCAGUGGAGGUGGCGUUGGUGCGGCUAGUGGGUCCAACCAUGCUUUCUUCAACCCUUCGCCUUGACGAUUUCGACGCUGCCGUGCAACUCAUAGUGCAAGGUGGGUGGGUGGAGAGACACAGUAGCUUGUUCUGGCCUGGGGGUCCAACCAUGCUUCCUUCGGCCCUUCUCCUUGACGACUUUGACGCUGCCGUGCAACUCAUAGUGCAAGCGGCAGGAAGGGAGCCAUUGAUCCAGUCGGAUGUGGAGGCGUUCCCGCUUCUCGUAGCCGUGCUGCUCGUCGCGCUCUCCCUCUCCGGUGACGUCAUCCGUCCCUUCACCGCCUCGCCUGCCGCUUCGCAGGCGCAGUCCGGCCCCGAGUCCGCCACUACCGCCGCACCUGUCGCCGCAUCUAGAAAUCUUUUAACUUUAAAGUAUGAGCAGAUCCGAACCAACCGGCUAGGCUCGGCAGCAACCGUGUGGAUUGUGGGCAAUGUGAUUCACGGGUCCCUCGCCAGCACGGGCGCUUUCGAGCUUGUCCUGGACGGCCGCACGCUCUUCUCCAAGCUGGCAGAGGGCCGCAUGCCACAGGUGAAUGAAAUCAUUUCAUUGGUGGACGAGCACAUGCGGGGUAACCACAUGCAGCAGUAA